UAGACUCCAACAGAUGAUGCCGAAGUCCACACCUUUCUCAGGGUCCAUCAUAUUCCUAUGCAGCCAUUCCUGGAAGUUCAGCUAUUCUACAGAAGUUGCAGCAGCCAUCCACAGUCAGCUUCCUCUUCUCCCUCUCCUUGUUGGUAAGCAGUCUAUUGUGGCUUGCUAGCCAUAAGAAAUGCUUGAUCCGACUAGGGCCUCUCCAUUUCCAGAGAUCCUUCCAAGUCUGCAG